AUGGCCGCUGCUGUCGCCAGAUAUCCUUCUAUGCUCGGUCGUUCUUCGACACCUCCACCGCACCUGUCGCUCAACACCUCUUCUCGUGGUACGCCGACUGCUAUUCCCAACAAGCACAUCCCAGAAUGCUCCCCCGGCGGACUGCCCGCAACUCCCCCAGCAUCGCCGCCGCGGCAAGACAGCCUCAUUGAGCAGUCAUCCAUCACAUACCCGCCAGAUGCUUACUGCUCGUUGUACUCGGAUGACCCGCCCGUGUACACCAUCACGGCGGAUCGCAUGGCAGAGGCCUUGGAGCACACUGCAACCCAGCCGCUGCCGAACCCCGACCAGGUAUUCCCAUGGAUGCACGGUCUCCAUUCCGAAAAUCAGAUCCAGCUUGCCUUCUUCUCGUCUCGUCGCAGAAGCGGCCGAAAGGUUCCCAGGUGCAUCCGCAGCAUUACCGUUGUCAAGACUGGUGGAAACCUGUCGUCCUCCAAGCUAAAGGGCGCAGUUGCACCAGACGAACUACUGGAAUCUGUGUCUUCCGACACACCCAGAUUCAUGGAGUGUGACCCAAAGGAUGGCUUUUCUGUGCGCAACUUCCAAAUCCAGGCUUGUAAAUUGGCCAUGGUUUCGGACAUUAUUGUUUACGGCGAUCACAAAACCAAUCCGCAAGACACCGUUGCGCUGGCUCAGAAGAUUUCCCUGGCUCAGAGGCAGUACGAAGCGAGAAAUGGAUUUCCGCAUUGCUUGUUCAACACGUUCAUGCUAUCAGAUCCUUUCGCGUCUAUGCAAGAGAAAUACCCAAAGCUUGUUGCUAUUAACUCUGCAGGUGACAUGACGGGAGAGGUUGCUGAUUUCUUCUACUGGGAGCGAUAUGAGAUGAGCGCAAUGUCAAAAGCAACCGAGAUCAGCAACAAUGUUUUCUUAGGGCCUACGCCUGAUCAGGCACUGCAUCCAGACUGUGCGGGCGAAGACGCUUAUGACAUGCUCAUCGAAGCGACCGAUCUUGCACAUGUACCUGAAUCACGCUCACUACGGGCUCUGCGAAUGGGUCUUGAGCGGGUCCACCGCAGAUCUACCCUGCACAUGGAGUUCCCAUCGUCAGGAAGCAUCAUGCCUCCUACGUGGGCGCACGGUGAAGUCGAUGGUCUUAUGGAUAUGUGCAAGUGGAUGUAUGAGCUAGCGAACCCGCAAGAGGUUCGGCGGUCGAAGCGCAGACGAGAAGAAGAAGACGAGGCCAUAGAGAUGGACGACAUUGCGGCGCCGCGCAAGUUCCUGAUACACUGCACAGACGGCUAUACCGAAACGACUCUUCUUGCUUUGGCCUACUUUAUGUAUGCCGAAGGCCUGCCUGUUCACGAUGCUUGGAUUCAGAUGCAUCGCGAGAAAGGCCGCAACUUCUUUGCAUACCCCUCGGACGUUGCGCUCCUGACGGCGAUACAGCCCCGGAUCCUCCAGGAGUCUCCUCGCUUCAACCAGAGUAUUCUGAACAUCUCAGAACCACGCUGGCUGUCGAAGCUUGAUGGAAGCCUACCCAGCCGUAUCUUGCCAUACAUGUAUCUUGGCAACCUUGGACAUGCCAACAACCCGGAGCUCCUCCGCGCUAUCGGCAUCACACGCAUCCUGAGCGUCGGAGAAGCGCUUUCCUGGCCGGAGGACGUCACGAAGAAGCUCGAUUGGCCUGCAGAGAACUUUUUGAUGAUCGACCGAGUCCAAGACAAUGGUGUAGACCCUCUCUGGGGCGAGUUUGAGCGCUGUCUCAAGUUCAUUGAAGCAGGGAAGCAAGAGGGAGGCGCAACGUUGGUACAUUGCCGAGUGGGCGUAUCACGCUCUGCGACCAUCUGCAUCGCGGAAGUUAUGAAUGAGCUGGGCUUGUCUUUUCCUCGUGCCUACUGCUUUGUCCGGGCGCGACGACUUAAUGUUAUAAUCCAACCUCACCUUCGAUUCACCUACGAACUACUCAAGUGGGAAGAGUACCAGCGCCAACGACGCAACGAGCCUCUUCGCCGCGACCUGGAGUGGGCAACUGUAGCGCGUGAGAUUGCUCUUAUGAACAAGCCCUACUCCAGAUAA